AAUGCUUGUGUUCAGAGUAGUGACAAAAUUGCCUUUUGUGGUUAUACAGCACCAGACACUACAGGUGUGUGCAGUAUUACUUCUGAAUCAGGUUUUAGACUGUGAGGUAAUACAUUUAGGACACUAGAGGUAACUCACAUAGUGGAUAUUUGUAAGUGGUCAUAACUGCAUUUGGUUAAAGUUCUAAUCCUAUCAUUGAGUGCUUAGGUUAUAUAUUUUGCUAUCUUAAGUAUGUCAGAUUCUCUGCUGUUUGAUCUGAGGAGAAGUUAAAUAGUCAACAGGACUUCAACUACCUGAGCCAAAAUAGUCUAAGUGGAAUUUUAGACAUUGUCUAAAGGGGUUGACUAUUAACAUCAGCAGCAGACAAGAAUUUCAUCUGGAUCACAAGAUAAAGUUUCAGUUCUUGCUUCAGGGCCAGAAAUGUCUGAACCUCAAUUGCCUGUGGCACCUGUGGUAAUGUCAAAGUUAUCUGCGAAAGCACCUGAGUUCUAUCCAUCAGGAUACAACCAGAACUUGAAUCAGAAUUUUGCGGAUUCUUCCUUUGAAGAUAGAUAUGACGGCUAUGUAACUUUGGCAGAAUAUGUACAAGACUUUCUGAAUCACCUCACCGAGCAACCAGGUUGUUUUGAAACUGAAAUAGAGCAAUUUGCUGAAACACUGAAUGGCUGGAUCACUACAGAUGAAGCUUUGCAAGAAAUUGUUGAACUCAUCUAUCAGCAGGCCACAUCUGUCCCAAACUUUUCUUACAUGGGAGCACGGUUGUGUAACUAUCUGUCUCACCAUCUCACCAUUAGUCCACAAAGUGGGAACUUCCGACAGCUGUUACUUCAAAGAUGUCGAACGGAGUAUGAAAACAGAGAUGAAGCUACCAAAGGCGAUGAGACUACUCAAAAACAAUUUCAUGCUUUUGUGUUGUUCUUAGCUGAACUUUACCUUAACCUAGAGAUUAAAGGAACAAAGGGACAGGUAAUGAGAGCGGAAGUUCUUCAAGAAGGCCUUCGGGAAUUACUAAAUGCACUCUUUUCUAAUCCUGUGGACAGUAAUUUGAUAUGUGCAGUGAAACUGCUGAAGUUGACAGGCUCAGUUUUAGAAGAUGCCUGGAAAGAAAAAGGAAAGAAUGAUAUGAAUGAAAUGAUUCAGAGAAUUGAAAAUGUUGUGUUGGAUGCAAACUGUAGCAGAGAUGUGAAACACAUGCUUCUGAAACUAGUAGAGCUGCGAGCAAGUAACUGGGGUAGAGUGCAUGGAACUUCUUCACACACAGAAGCUACCCCUGAAAAUGAUCCAAACUAUUUUAUGAAUGAGCCAACGUUUUACACUUCUGAUGGUGUUCCGUUCACUGCAGCAGAUCCGGAUUACCAAGAAAAAUACCAAGAGCUGCUUGAAAGAGAGGAUUUGUUUCCAGAUUACGAAGAAAAUGGAACUGAUCUAUCAGGACCUGGGGAUCCGUAUUUUGAUGACAUUGAUGAUGAGAUGGAUCCAGAAAUUGAAGAAGCAUUUGAAAAGUUUUGUCUAGAAUCAGAACAUAAGAGAAAACAGUGAUAUGUUACACACUAGUGUCGGUUUAUUAAGCCAGUUUAGAUAUGGUUAGAACACAUGGGGACACAAAACAUUUGUACCAAAAUAAGAAACUUGACUUUCUCCAAGUACUAAAGCUAUACAAUUUCCAUUUUGUUUAACAGAAUCUGCCAAAAAUUGUAAACUUACACCCUGUAACUUAAAAUGUUGUGUAUAUAUAAUAGUUUAUUUUAUGUACAGGUAUAUGAACAAUGUUUUGGCUGCAAUAAAAAUAAUUUUAA